AAACCCACUAAACAAGACAAAAUAAAAUAAAGAUAAAAAGCCUAGCAUCAAAGUGAAUACGAAUUUGUUUUUUUCACUUUCCCUUUCUUUAAACACUACAUAUAUAUACAUACAUGCACAAAUAUAUACAACAUAUAUGUGCACGCAUAUAUUGUAUGUAUAUUGUAUGAUACUCACCAUUAAAGCAUUAGAUGAAGGUGUGCUGUUGUGAUUCUGCAAAAUCCUAGGGUUUUUCAGAGGCUCUAUCUACUUUGAAAAUCAAAUGGCGUUCUGGUGGCCUUUGCUCGUUCUCGGAUUCGCUUUUGCGAUUUGUAGAUUCUUGCUGAUGCUCAUCCCUCCCAAUGUGCCUUCCAUUGAUGUCGAUGCAUCUGAUGUGUUAGAUGAGGGAAAUCAGACGAAGGAGAACAGUUUCAUUUACAUUCCUUCAAAAAGACAUACUGACAAAGUUCAAUGUUAUGAGCCUGCUACGAUGAAAUACCUGGGGUACUUCUCAGCACUGGAACCAGAUGAGGUCAAGGAGCGUGUGGCACAUGCAAGGAAGGCACAGAAAAUAUGGGCGAGGAGUAGCUUCAAGCAAAGACGCCAGUUUUUGCGAAUACUUCUGAAGUAUAUUAUUGAACAUCAAGAACUUAUAUGCGAGAUCUCUUCUCGUGAUACUGGAAAGACAAUGGUGGAUGCUUCCUUGGGAGAAAUAAUGACAACAUGUGAGAAGAUCACUUGGCUUCUUUCAGAGGGUGCACGGUGGCUAAGGCCUGAAUAUCGGUCUAGCGGUAUCAGACCCUUACUUCCCAAAAGGAGGUCAGGGGUUCAAGCCUCAGUGGAGACGUGUGUGUCUUCUGGAAGAUCAAUGCUUCACAAGACAUCCAAAGUGGAGUUUCAUCCUCUUGGUGUGAUUGGUGCCAUUGUUUCAUGGAACUAUCCAUUUCAUAAUAUAUUUAAUCCAAUGCUGGCGGCAGUAUUUUCAGGGAAUAGCAUUGUGAUAAAGGUUUCAGAGCAUGCAAGUUGGUCUGGAUGUUUCUAUCUUCGAAUAAUCCAAGCAGCCCUUGCUGCUGUAGGAGCUCCUGAAAAUCUGGUCGAUGUAAUCACGGGUUUUGCUGAAACAGGUGAAGCACUAGUGUCUUCAGUUGAUAAAAUCAUAUUUGUUGGAUCACCUGGUGUGGGUAGAAUGAUAAUGAGAAAUGCUGCUGAGACGUUGAUACCAGUAACACUUGAGCUUGGUGGAAAAGAUGCUUUUAUUGUUUGUGAAGAUGUAGAUGUUCCUCAUGUUGCACAAAUUGCUGUUAGGGCUGCUCUCCAAUCAAGUGGACAGAACUGUGCUGGGGCUGAGAGAUUUUAUGUUCAUCGGAACAUUUAUUCUUCAUUUGUUGCUGAAGUAGUCAAAAUUGUAAAAUCUGUUACUGCGGGUCCUCCACUGGCUGGGAAGUAUGAUAUGGGAGCCAUAUGUAUGCAAGAGCAUUCAGAAAAGCUCCAAAGCCUAGUAAAUGAUGCCUUAGACAAAGGAGCUGAAAUUAAAGGCCGGGGAAGUGUUGGCAAUAUUGGUGCAGGUGCAGUUGAUCAGUACUUUCCUCCCACCAUAAUUGUAGAUGUAAAUCACACAAUGAAGUUGAUGCAGGAAGAGGCUUUUGGACCAAUCAUGCCAAUAAUGAAAUUCAGCUCUGAUGAAGAGGUUGUCAAGCUUGCAAAUGACUCGAAAUAUGGGCUUGGGUGUGCUGUGUUUUCUGGCAGUCAGCGCAGAGCCAAGGAGAUAGCUUCCCAAUUACAUUGUGGAGUGGCUGCUAUCAAUGACUUCGCAUCAAAUUAUAUGUGUCAGUCACUGCCUUUUGGUGGAGUAAAAGAUAGUGGGUUUGGAAGAUUUGCUGGUGUGGAAGGAUUGCGAGCUUGCUGUCUUGUAAAAUCAGUUGUGGAGGAUAGAUGGUGGCCUUAUAUCAAGACUAAGAUACCAAAGCCAAUUCAGUAUCCUGUUUCCGAGAACGGGUUUGAGUUUCAGGAAUCACUUGUAGAAGCAUUGUAUGGCCUAAGUAUAUGGGAUCGUCUGCGGGCACUAGUCAAUGUCUUGAAGAUUCUUUCAGAGCAUGGAUCUCCUGCUGGCAAUAAGAAAAGAAAUGACUAGGCUUUGACACUAUACAGGCUUGGCAACAAAUUUUCACCGAUUUCCUGAAUUUUUCUUUGGUUUUCAUUAAUACUUGUUAGGUUUUCUGGAGGACUAACUCUGCAGUAAUUCCUCCAUGCUGUCGAAUUUUCACCAAUUCUGUUUGUAUUUGUCGCUAAAGAAGGCAUAUAUUGAGUUGACAUGUACAUUCUGAAAUGCAGACGAUGAAAAUGUUGACGCUGUAUCUUAAAACAUUUUCUUCCGAACAGGGAUUUCAAUUUCAUGCAUCCAUCUAAUGCAUAUUUGUAGGCUGGUAUGUAAAAGAGCACAUAUUCAAGUUAGAUUUCAAUUAACAAUCACAUAUAUUGGUGAGGUUUUUCUGUUGGAAUCAAUUUUUAUCUACCAUUGCAGACCAGCUGAUAAAUUCCAUGAAAAUCUAAGAGGAAGAACCUCAACUUUAGAAUGUCAA